GUGUUCGCUAUGUAUCGGCGGCUCGGGGCGGGGGGCAAGCAGCAGGUGUUCCAGCACGGCAAGCAUAUGUAUGGCGAUGGGUUAGUGCAGCUCAUCUGGGACACAUUGCAGAUCCACCAGAAUCCCGUGGCUGAUGCGCCCCCCAUGGUUGAUGUGGCGAUGCACUUGCCCGACUUGAUGCUCCCAGAUCUCAUCCCCGAGCCUCCUGUUGAUUGCAUUUGGGUAACGCCAGAAGAGGCCGCGAAGCUUUUUGGCGGUUUCAUUCCCGAGGCCGUCGAGGCAACGCUGAUAAGGAAUCCCGUUUCACUGCAGAGUUUCGUUUGGAUCGAUCGCGUUCGCCCCGCUGUAGAGCUCGAGCAGGCGUAA